AUGCAGUGCGUGCGUCAUACUACGGCCAAAAGGACCCUCCCCGCGGGUGUUCCCGUCAUUUCGCCGCUAAAAUCUCAGUCCCCUAAAACCCACACCCCACGCCGGCCCUAUCGCUCUCGCUCCCCUCCUCUGCCUGCUUCCUCCCUUCUCCCCUCUCCCCUUCCCUUCCCUGCAGCCUCGCCUCGCGGACUCCCAGGGAAUGGAAGCCCUGUGAUUCCCUCACUCACCACCACCACCACCACCACCCCGCAUUACCAGCGUUCGCGCUCGCUCCGAGCAAUGGCGGCGGUUCUGGCGGUCCUGGUGGCUGUGGCAGCCACCGCCGCCUCUCCCGCGGCGGCGCUCAACACGGACGGGCUAGCGCUGCUAGCGCUCAAGUUCGCUGUCUCAGACGACCCAGGUAACGCGCUCUCCACGUGGCGGGACGCCGACGCCGACCCCUGCUUCUGGGCGGGCGUCACCUGCUCCUCCUCCGGCGGGGGCCGCGUCUCCGCCGUCGACCUCGCCAACGCUUCACUCGCCGGGUACCUUCCCUCCGAGCUCUCGCUACUAUCUGAGCUCCAGGAGCUCUCUCUCCCCUACAACCGCCUCUCCGGCCAGAUCCCGGCGGCCAUCGCCGCGUUGCAGCGGCUGGCGACGCUGGACCUCGCGCACAACCAGCUGUCGGGCCAGGUCCCGCCCGGGAUCGCGCGCCUCGUCUCGCUGCAGCGGCUCGACCUCUCCUCCAACCAGCUCAACGGGACGCUGCCCCCGGCGCUCGCCGCGCUCCCGCGGCUGGCGGGCGUGCUUAACCUCAGCUACAACCACUUCACGGGCGGGGUCCCGCCCGAGUUCGGCGGGAUCCCCGUCGCUGUCAGCCUCGACCUCCGCGGGAACGACCUGGAGGGCGAGAUCCCGCAGGUCGGCUCGCUCGUCAACCAGGGGCCCACGGCGUUCGAUGGCAACCCGAGGCUGUGUGGGUUCCCGCUCAAGGUCGAGUGCGCGGGCGCGGCGAGGGGGGAGGACGACGGGCCGAGGAUCCCGGACGGCGCCGUAGGAGGCGGCGUCACCGACCCUGGCGCGGCUGCGGAGGUCGGGAGACGGGCGCCGAAGCCGCGGCGGCGGUCGUCGCCAACGGUACCGGUCCUCGCCGCCAUUGUCGUGGUUGCUAUUGUCGCUGGCGUGGCUCUGCAGUGGCAGUGCCGGAGGCGGUGCGCUGCGGCGGGGGCGGAUGAGGAGAAGGAGUCGGGCAAGGAGAAGGGCCCGGGGGCGGUGACGCUCGCUGGUAGCGAGGACCGGCGCAGCGGUGGCGGGGGAGGGGAGGAGGGGGAGGUGUUCGUGGCAGUCGACGACGGCUUCGGGAUGGAGCUGGAGGAGCUGCUCCGGGCCUCCGCCUACGUCGUUGGCAAGAGCCGCGGAGGUAUUGUGUACCGCGUCGUCCCCGGCCGUGGACCCGCCGUUGCUGUUCGCCGCCUCAGCGAGCCUGACGAUGGCGACAGCGACGGCUCCGGCUCCGGCUGGCGCCGUCGCCGCGCGUUCGAGGCCGAGGCUGCCGCCAUCGGCCGCGCGCGCCACCCCAAUGUGGCCCGCCUCCGCGCCUACUACUACGCCCCCGACGAGAAGCUGCUCAUCUACGACUACCUCCCCAAUGGCUCCCUCCACUCCGCUCUCCACGGUGGCCCGACGGCGUCGCCGACGCCAUUGCCGUGGUCCGUGCGUCUAUCCAUCGUGCAGGGCGCGGCGCGCGGGCUGGCGUACCUGCACGAGUGCAGUCCGCGGCGGUACGUGCACGGCUGCAUCAAGUCCUCCAAGAUCUUGCUGGACGACGAGCUCCGCGCGCACGUGUCCGGGUUCGGCCUCGCCCGCCUUGUCGCCGGCGCGCACAAGGCCGCCGCGGGAGGCCACUCCAAGAAGCUCGGCAGCGCGGCGUGCGCGCUCCGCGGCGCCGGCGCCGGCGCCGUGUCGUACGUGGCCCCGGAGCUGCGCGCGCCAGGCGGCGCGCCCGCCGCGGCCGCCACGCAGAAGGGGGACGUGUUCGCGUUUGGCGUCGUGCUGCUGGAGGUCGUCACCGGGCGCGAGCCCACGGAAGGGGAAGGCGGCAUGGACCUGGAGGCCUGGGUGCGCCGCGCCUUCAAGGAGGAGCGGCCGCUGUCGGAGGUGGUCGACCCCACGCUGCUCGGCGAGGUGCACGCCAAGAAGCAGGUCCUGGCCGUCUUCCACGUCGCGCUCGGGUGCACGGAGCCCGACCCCGAGAUGCGCCCGCGCAUGCGCGCCGUCGCCGAGAGCCUCGACCGGAUCGGCUGACCAAGAUGACUCGGCGGCGGCCGAUCGCCGGCAGCCGGCUACUGAUCAACUACGUAGGUCCAAUCCAGCGCAUAAAAGACUCGGAUCGGAAUAUCGGAGUAGUCCUGUUCAUGUAGAUUAUCAGUAAGCAGUGUGGAUUUCAGAGACGGUAAACAGAGGCAAGAAUCAUCAUCUGUGCUCCAUUAGUGAAUCAAUGUGCAGCCUUUGCAGUUGUGCUAAUCUUUGGAAUCUUUUGCGGCGCUUCAAGAUCUUGAUCCAUUCCAAAGCGAAUUUUCUAUCGUUUUGCCGCUGCCGAAAAGCUUUGCGUUUCUUGGCAACUCGGGCCUUUUUUAGUUC